CACGAAAGAAGUUAAAUUUCUAAAUUAACGUAUGAAAUAUUGUUUAAAGUCGUAUAUUAGAUCGUGUUGAUUUUGUCUCUACAACGGUUAGAAUCGCGAAGAACAAGGUCAUCAAAGUUGCGUAACAGCACGAUGUGUUUAAUUGUUUCUUUAUAAAGUUGUGUAGUAAUGAGCAUUUAUUUCCGGUAGCAUGUGUAUAAAAACCUGAACAUUUACUCAUAUAAGCCUUCUAGAAAAAAGAUGUAUCUUAUUAUCGUUUUACUGUUUGCGACUUGUGAUUUAUGUACAUCAAUUGAAAUUCAUAAUAAAGAAACUAAUAGAUUACAGAAAGAUUUCCGAAAUGCUGAAUUUUUUCAAGAUAUACGAGACUGGUUUUAUAAUUUGGGAAACCAAUUUCACGAACGAUUAUUUGGACUAACAACUACGCCGCCACCCUCUUUAGCAAUUGAAAUAUCAAACUUGGACAAAUUUGAAUUACAAAAUAUAAUCAAAAAUCAUGACUGGCAUCUAUUAAAUUUAUCUAUAUUAUCUUUUGAUCCUAAUCAAGACUGGGGAUUUCACAUUGGUGAUUGGUAUUUUAUUCAAAAGGGAUUUAAUCAAAACGGAUUUGAAGAGAAUUCUAACAAAUUAAAUUCUCACACACCAAGUAUUGCUCAGCCAAAGGAUUCGAUUGAAACAGAGACUAAACAAAGUUUUGAUAUUAUGACGGAUUCAGAAAUAACGGAAUCUUCACAAACGAUUUCAUCUAUGACAACACCUACAACGCAGCAACACAUUAAUUCGCAAACAACACCAACCAUUGAACAGAUUGAUUCUUCCAAAAACUUCUUACCAAAAAUUGAUAAAUCAUUGCAGGAAAAUGAAACCGAAAACGAUUUUAUUCAAAAAGGAUCUGUAGAAGUUCUUAUGGGAUAACAUAGUUUUGUGCUUAACAAAUAACAUUUUGUAAUUCCUUUAAACCUUCCAUUUUUUUUGUUAAAUAGGACAUUUUUAUACGAAAAUAAAUAUUCCUGUUAACAAAAUACGUUUAUAAAUUGUAGAGAAUAUUACCCAGUAACGCUAAAAGACCUAAUGCGAGGAACAUUUUCCUGGGCCCAUAAAAUAAUUAUGAAAAUUACUUUACGGGAUUGCUUUCGCCUAACGGCACAUUUCAGCCGUUAGGCAAAAUGACUUACCUUUUCGAUCACGUGAUUGGGAAAGGUACAAAGAGAAUCGGCCUUAUAUAAGGCCAACACUGCAUAAAAUCUUCCUACUCUUGUCUAUUGGCUUAUUUCUUUAUUUGUCGCUCCUACACCACCUCUUCUCAUCCGUCGUUACUAUUCUCACCACGUAUCCCAAAUAAAUCAUACAGUUUUCUCUUAUAGAUAAUUAAUAUAAACAAUGAGAUAUAAUAAAACAGGACACUGAAAUAAGUUUUUUUUCAUCAAAAAGAAUACACUUUUAUUCUGUAAAACUUAUUAUAAUUAUCUAUGAUAAUAAAUGAUUAUAAUAAUUUUUAAGCCAAUGUUGAACAGAUUGUAGUCUUCAUGAUGUCUUUCGGUUUUACUGUAAUAAAAAAAAAAAAAAUGAUAUCAGCAAAAUAUUCAAUCUCAAUGUUAGUCACAUUACAUCUCACACAAGCAAAAAAAAAAAAGAAAUGUUCUACUUUUAUUGAAAG